UUCUUCUUCAUCUCCUCAUUUUCUAUUUCUAUUCCUAUUUCUCUGCAAUUAAUACUCAUCAUUUCCAUUUCCAUUUUUUUUUCUGUUCCCAAUCCACUCUAGCGUUUGAUUUUGCUGCUUCAAUUUGUGGAAAAUGGCGGCUGUGACCUCGUUUCCUCAGGUUAACGAUAUCGAGUCCAUGAGGUUCGAUGUUGAUAAGCUUACUUAUGAGAUCUUCUCCAUUUUGGAGAAUAGGUUUCUCUUUGGCUGCGAUGAUUCUAAUCCGAAGCUACAUGUCGCCGCUCAGGCUCCGGUGGAUGGCGAUGACUUGAAAUCUGGAAAGCACAACUCAGGGAAAGUCAGGAUUCUAAGUAUUGAUGGUGGAGGUUCCACUGAUGGAAUUCUUGCCGCUAAGUCGCUUGCGUGUCUUGAGGAUUUUCUCCGUCGGAAGUCGGGGAAGCCUGAUGCGCGCAUUGCCGACUAUUUUGAUGUGGUUGCUGGUUCUGGAGCGGGAGGCAUUCUCGCGGCGUUGCUGUUUACUAAGGGAAAAGACGGUAGUGCUCUGUUUACGGCGGAUGGAGCGUUGAAUUUUCUGAUUAAGAACCAUCGAGACAUUUUCCGGUCGUCGGAUGGAGGAAUUUUCCGACGAGUGUUCCGGUCGACGAAGGUGGAGAAAUUGUUUCGGAAGACGUUUGGAGAGUGCACGUUGAAGGACACGUUGAAAUCAGUUUUGAUUCCGUGCUAUGACCUCUCCACACGAGCGCCAUUCUUGUUUUCUCGCGCCGACGCUUACGAAAUGGACGGUUACGAUUUCAAGAUUCACGACGUUUGCGUUGCGACGUCUGCAGAACCUACAAUCUCCGGAGCCGUCCAAAUGUGGUCAGUCGACAAGCGAACAAAAAUCACCGCCGUCGACGGCGGCAUAGCGAUGAACAACCCGACGGCUGCCGCAAUUACUCACGUGUUGAAUAACAAGCAAGAAUUUCCGUUCUGCAAUACCGUCGAAGAUCUCCUUGUAGUGUCCCUCGGAAACGGAGAGUCGGAUUUCGGCGCCGUAAACCUAAACUCGUCACCAGCCGCGUUCACAAGGAUCGCUGGAGAGGGCGCUUCCGAUGUGGUUGAUCAAGCUGUUUCCAUGGCAUUUGGCCCCCACAGGACAAGCAAUUAUAUCCGUAUUCAGGGAAAUGGCAUUGGAGCUAAGAGCAGAGGCCAAAAAACCAUCAACAUAUUGGAAAAGGCAGAUGAAAUGCUAACCCAGAAGAACUUAGAAGCAGUUUUGUUCAAAGGAAAGAAGAUGAUUGAGAACACAAAUUUGGAGAAAUUGGAAGUGUUUGCUGGAGAAGUGAUAAAGGAAGAAGAGAGGAGAAAAAGCAGCCUUCUGCCAACUGUACUACUGAAGCAAGCAUUUCCAUCUCCAAGAACAUCUUCUGCUUCAGCCACCACACUCUCCACCAUAUCCUCCUGCUAAUCAUUCACACCCAUAAACCCAACACUCUGAAUUUCGAGGUUAGUUUAGUUUCUACAAGAAGAACAAACAAAUAAGUUCAAUUUGUGUAUUAUAAUCUGCUGCCGCUCGCGAUGAAAUGGGAACGUCCGAGUCUGAGCUGAGCUGCGUUGUGUGCCAAAACUGCUACCAGGUUUUUUUUUUUUUUAAAAAAAAAAGAAAAAUCCUGUUGGAGUGUGGUUGUUGAUACGUUACUACUAGACAUUUGCAAUCACGAGGGAUUUCUAAAUGCCCCAUUGUACAGUAAGAAAACUGAGAGAUUUUUAUUUAUUUAUUUCUUAAUUUUUGUU